GCUUGUAGUCUGGUUUUUUGUGAUUAGUUCAGCACCCAACUCUCUCUCUAUCGUAGGUCAAUAAUUGUACUUACGGAAACAGUUUCUUCGUAUUGCCUUUGGCAUAUUCUAGGAAUUCCUCGAGAAAUUCAUAGCCAUGUACUCGAAAUGUGGAUAACAACAAAAUUUAUCUUGAUAACAUGGCAUUAUCAUAUACCUACUACACCUACUUACAAUAGGUAAGCACGUAAACUAAAUUUUCUUCAAUUAUAGCGUUUGCAGGUUAUGUUUAUUAUUUACACAUUAAACUUGACAGUUUUACGAAAAUUCAAAUUUAAGCGCGCUUGCGUUUGCGCAGUAGGUACCGAGGGAGUCAAUAUGCAACACAUCUCAAGUGCGACGGCGCCCUGGUAUAGGGACGUCAUUGAAUUGAUGACGAGCAGGUGCCAUGAACUGUAGACUUGUGGUUUGUUGCUUCCAGUGGCCAACUGUGGUUCUCUUUCCUUCUCUAAGGUGGCCACCGUCCUUGAAGUUGAGGUUAACGAAAGGAUCGAUAAAAAAAACGUUUGAAAAACAAGUUUUAAAGAGAUAAAAAGAUGAGUGUUUCGCAAUUUCCAAUAUAUCGCUGUGUUCCAGCUGUUACACGCUUCUGUACGAGAAGUUUACGUUCUUCAAGUGUGAUGUCUGUAGAAAGGUUUUCGAAAAGAAAAAGACACCUUUGGUGAAUUAGAAGUGCCCUCUGAAAAGUAUUAUGGAGCACAAACUGUACGAUCCACGAUUAACUUUAAUAUUGGCGGAGAAACUGAACGUAUGCCGUAUCCAGUUGUGACCGCAAUGGGCAUUCUAAAGAAAGCUGCAGCAAUUGUUAACAAAGACUACGGUUUAAAACCCGAAAUAGUGGAUGCAAUUACAAAAGCUGCUGACGAAGUUAUAUCUGGAAAAUUAUACCAUGACCAUUUUCCCUUAGUUAUUUGGCAAACGGGUUCCGGAACUCAAAGUAAUAUGAACACGAACGAAGUAAUAAGCAAUCGUGCCAUUGAAAUAAUGGGUGGAAAAUUGGGCUCUAAAGAACCCGUCCACCCUAACGAUCAUGUGAAUAAAAGUCAAAGUAGCAAUGACACCUUUCCCACUGCAAUGCAUAUAGCAGUCGCUCGUGAAAUACAUUGUACUCUAUUGCCCAAUCUUCAAUUAUUACACGACGCCCUUCAACAGAAAUCGGAGGAAUUUAGGGAUAUAAUUAAAAUUGGCCGUACACAUACUCAAGAUGCUGUACCGUUGACGUUAGGGCAGGAAUUCAGCGGUUACGUGCAGCAAUUACAGUUUGGCAUUGAACGAGUACGUGACACUUUGCCACGUUUGUACAUGUUGGCGCUUGGAGGUACAGCAGUUGGUACUGGCUUAAACACGAGAAAAGGAUUUGCAGAGAAAUGCGCUACGCAAAUUGCCCAACUGACCGGUUUGCCCUUUGUAUCAGCACCCAAUAAAUUUGAGGCAUUGGCCGCUCAUGAUGCAAUGGUCGAAGUGUCGGGCGCAUUAAACGUCUUAGCCGUGUCACUUAUGAAGAUUGCCAACGAUAUUAGAUUUCUAGCAUCAGGGCCUCGUUGCGGCCUAGGAGAAUUAAGCCUUCCCGAAAAUGAACCGGGAAGUUCAAUUAUGCCCGGUAAGGUAAACCCGACGCAAUGUGAAGCACUUACAAUGGUGGCCGCUCAAGUGAUGGGCAAUCACGUUGCGGUUACUAUCGGCGGAUCAAAUGGUCAUUUUGAACUAAAUGUUUUUAAACCAAUGAUCGUAGCGAACGUGCUCAGAUCUAUAAGGUUACUGGGUGACUCAUGUAAAUCAUUUACGGAACAUUGUGCCCUUGGAAUUGUGGCGAACAAAGAUAACAUAAGAAAAAUAAUGGAGGAAAGUCUGAUGCUCGUUACUGCACUAAAUCCACACAUAGGGUACGAUAAAGCUGCCGCAAUUGCGAAGUUGGCACACAAGGAAGGUUCCACUUUAAAGCAAGCCGCUGUUAAAUUAGGACAUGUAACUGAAAAACAAUUUGACGAUUGGGUUAAACCGGAACAAAUGUUGGGACCACAAUAAUGACCGUUUUAUUUCCCUACAUAGAAAUUGCAUGUACCAAAAUUACCCAAUUUUAA